CAACAAUCAUCAAAUCCUCUACUUCACUCCUUCAAACUCCAUUGAUUCUUCUUCACAAUGGGGGUAUUGUUAGUUGACCCAUUUUUACACUCCAUGGCAGCUCCUUCCUGUAAUUCUUCUUCUCCGAUGCUCAUAAAUCCUCCUGUAUUAUCAUCAUCAUCUCUAAUGUCUUUUAAACAAAAAAGCAAUACAUGGGCUAUUCAAAAUUCAAUGGAUCAUCACUGUUCAAGUAACAUAAUGAGGAGGAUUAGUACUUAUAGAGUGCAAAAUGCAACACCAUGGCCAAUUCCUAUAUCUGAUGAGUAUCACCAUUGGGAUGGGUUUCGGGGUAGUACUAGUAUUGCUGCUGCAUUACUGGUAGGAGAUCGUGCAGGAGAAAAAACGCUAAACAAUGAGAUAAGAGAUUUGCAGCUAAAGUUUGGAGAGCGUGAUUUCGGCGGAAGCCCAAAGGUUCCGGUUUACGUCAUGCUGCCGUUGGGUGUCAUCAACAUGAAGUCGGAACUGGUUGAUCCAGAUGCAUUAGUGAAGCACUUGAAAAUCUUGAAAUCCAUUAAUGUCGAUGGUGUUAUGGUUGAUUGUUGGUGGGGGAUCGUAGAAGGGCGUCGUCCACAAGAUUAUAACUGGAGUGGUUAUAAAAGACUGUUUAAGCUUGUGCGUCGACUCAAGCUGAAGUUGCAAGUUGUAAUGUCAUUUCAUGAAUGUGGAGGCAAUGUUGGUGAUAAUGUGACUAUUCCAUUGCCUGGUUGGGUAAAAGAAAUUGGCAAUAAAAAUCCUGACAUUUAUUUUACUGAUAAAGAGGGACGCCGAACUUAUGAAUGCCUCUCUUGGGGGAUUGACAAGGAAAGGGUCUUGAAAGGCCGAACUGCAGUUGAGGUGUAUUUUGACUAUAUGAGAAGCUUUCGAGUAGAAUUCGAUGAAUUCUUUGAGCAAAGAGUCAUCACUGAGAUUGAAAUUGGUUUAGGCCCCUGUGGAGAGCUGCGCUAUCCGUCUUAUCCUAUAAAGCAUGGAUGGAAGUAUCCUGGCAUUGGUGAAUUUCAGUGCUAUGACCGGUAUUUGAUGAAGAGUUUGACAAAUGCGGCAAAUGAAAGGGGUCACUCUUUUUGGGGUAAUGGACCUAAAAAUGCUGGGUGUUAUACUUCAAAACCCCAUGAGACUGGAUUCUUUUGUAACGGAGGUGAUUUCGAUAGUCAUUAUGGGAGAUUCUUCUUGAAUUGGUACUCGCAAGUUCUGAUUGAUCAUGCCGACCGUGUACUUUCUCUUGCCAAUUUGGCUUUUGAAGGCAUCUCUAUUGCUGCAAAGCUAUCAGGUGUUCACUGGUGGUAUAAAACAGCUAGUCAUGCUGCUGAAUUGACUGCUGGGUUUUAUAAUCCAAGCAACCGCGAUGGCUAUGCUGCGAUAGCUGCGAUACUAAAGAAGCAUAACGUUUCUCUAAACUUCACAUGCGUUGAGCUGAGAACUUUACACCAGGAGGAAGGCCAUCCAGAGGCAAUGGCAGAUCCAGAAGGUUUGGUCUGGCAGGUGUGCAAUGCUGCCUGGGAUGUUGGUGUACCAGUGGCUAGCGAGAAUGCCCUUCCUUGCUAUGAUAAAGAUGGCUAUAACAAGAUAUUGGAAACGGCCAAACCCUCCAGUGAUCCAGAUGGAAGGCACUUGGUUGCGUUUACAUACCUUAGGCUCACACCACAACUGAUGGAGAACAAAAGAUUCGCCGAGUUUACAAACUUUGUUCAGAAAAUGCAUGGAGAAACAGUUCAAGAAAGCCGAAGCAACGUAAAGAAGAAGAUGGUUAUGCCAGGGAUCCAUUGACAAAAUCCUAUUCUGGCGCAGCAUACCCAGAGAACGAGUUACAGUUCCUCAGACUACGGAUGAUGAUUCUAGUUUCAUUUUCUUUCCUUUCAGAAAAGUUUUGUUCUUCUCUGCAAUGUAAUAACCAGAGCCAGGACUGGGGAUCCAUUAAGGCCUGAAAGGCAAUCCUGAUGGUUGAAAGAAUAACAGAAUGGCCUGAAAGGCAAUCCUGAUUCAUGUUUCUUUU